CGUUAUAGCAUCUUAGAUGUACCUGUAUCUAAUUUACACCAAGAAAAAGUUUGUGAUUGAUGAAGACUAAACAUUAUUCAUCAACACCUCCAUGAUGUUUGUGAAGUAAGUUUCUUAACUAAGCGUUGUGGUGCGAGAGCAUGGUCAUUUGGAGAUAAGAACUAUAAGCCACUGCUUAUCAGGUAUAAUCAAAGGAUUACCAGGUGGAGCUCACACCUCACAUCAACACCAUUCUUUAUCAGAACAUAACCCCUAACGUUCACACCUCUUGUUGUCUUACUGAAACCUGCUUUCAUUAGGUGAACUAAGUAACUAAGGAAUGGUAAAAGGGUAGAGAUCCAGGUAUGAAGACCCAAGUAAAUCCUCGCCUGCGGAAAUGACGUUCAUAUUGACACAACCUCCUAACCCAAGGUGAAGCGGCAUCCUGUAGUACAUUGUGGGUGGUGAGGUCGGCCGGUCGGAUGACCAGGCGUUGGAGUGUGUGGUGGGUGGCCAGUUGGGCAUGUGUCACCCUGUUGGCGCUCCACUUGCCAUGCCUCGUUGUCGGUGAUGCCUCCAUCACAUCAACAACCACAACUUUUCCAAGACCUGUAGAGUGUGCCCCGAGCAAUUACGGAACGGUAGUGGAGGCUGAGAGCGAGGAAUGGUGCACUAAGGUAGUUCAAUUAACGUCACUACCUGACUUCUGUCUCCAAGACCUCCAGGACCACCACACUAACGUCACCUUCACCCUGGUCAACACCAACACCUCCAGCUCCAACGUCAGCAUCCAGCGACACAAGGUAGUGGGUGAUAAGGUGGAGAUCUACCUGAAGGCAUCUCAGGCAGGGAGGUACUUUAUCUACUGCAGCAACGAACAAGGCGAUUCUGACAGCUUCAACGAGCUAGUCAGAGUAGGCUACAAACCGCUGGACGUGGCAAGCUGGUGGUGUUGUUACUAUAACUGGCAGAUGUUGCAGUGUCAAUGGUCGAUGCCUUACAAUCCUGCCCAGACCAGAGACUACCAACCCUACCUUGUCAUCUCCUUGAGCUCCAGUAUCUCCAGUACAUCCCUCAAAGAGUGCCCACGCUCAGAGGUUAAGAACAGCUGCACAUGGAACAUAUCUCUGCAGUACGACCCAACUAACCCCAACGUGACCAUGAUGUUCAGAGCCGCGAACCCCCUCCACCCACAGCGGGAAGACUUCUGGUAUCACACAAAUCUUCUUGCUGUAGUGUUACCAGACCCGGUGAGCAACUUGACAUUGGAGGCAGCUGAAACGGGGCGGGUGUUAAGGGCUGAAUGGAGUACGCCCCAACCCUUGAUACAGUUCCCAGCUAACCUCACCUACCGAGUGGACUACAGGUUGGCAGACUCGACCUGCUCUGCCUGUAGCUGGACCACAGGUGACGUAGGUGAGUGUAACAGCGAGAGGUGCGAGGCGACGGUGGAGGUGGAGUACUGGGGGCAGCAGUACCUGGUGUGUGUCCGUCUGCGCUCAGGAGCUGCCACCUACACCCUGGACGAUGACAUUUGGUGGUCCAAGUGUUCCAACAUGAAUACUGACACGCCUCCUUCAGUGCCUGACAGUUCUCCGGUAGUAGGACCUGGCACCUUCCAGGUCAGCAACAACAUCCCAGAGCUGCGUGACCUGACCUUAGCCUGGCAACUUGUCCCGCCCCUCCUUCACAACGGCCCAAACUUCUCCUACGUCGUCAGUGCCAUCAAGGACGACUCCGGGGAGCUGGUAGCUGAAUCUGUCACCGUGACGGACUCCUUCGCCUCCUUCCCCAACCUAUCCACCUCUGACACCUACAGGCUGCAGGUGGUGGCGGAGAACAGUGAGGGGAGAAGCUCGGUGACGUCAGUAGUGAAGGUGGAGGCGACCAGCGACCUGCCUGACCCUCCCGUCCUGCCCGUCGUCGUGUACCAUCAACAACAACACCUGUAUGAGCUCAGGUGGAGUAACGAGAGUGAGCUAGGCAACAGGUACACGGUCUAUGUGUGUAUGGACGACCUCAAGAACUCAGCGCCCUGCCAUGCUGACCUACGGUGGAUCAACGUGGGACAGGUGAUGGCUGUCAAUGUAACGAUGGAGAACUUCAACCUGACGGAUGGGAGAGGAGUGAGGUUCGCUGUGUCAGCUGAGUCCGACAGUGGCGCCUCUAGUGGCAUGACCUGGGACAAGUGUGGCACCCCGCGACCCUACAACACUAACCUCCAGCCCCCUACAGACCCCAAGUCCGAGGAUGUGAGACAGACGACGGCAUGGGUGUCGUGGAAGCUGGACUGUGAAAACUGGGCAGGUGUGGUGGAGAGCGUUGUGGCCAAAUGCUGCACAGGCCACCACAACCUCCCCCAAGACUGUACGGGAGAGGAGAAGGAGGUGGAACAGGAGGAGAGCGAGGUGUGGAGGCAACGUGUGGAGGUGACGGGGCUGAAGGAGUCUACCCAGUACACAGUGUGGCUGAGACUCAAGUACCGCUCCGGUAUCUCCCAGUGGUCGCUCGCCCAGACCUUCACCACAGACAGUAGCGGCUUGCCAGGGUGGACAAUGGUCGUCAUCAUGUUUGGUGCCAUUCUCAGUGUUGUAGUGAUUGUCGUUAUAGUCACCUACACCAGAAGGAAGAUGAACUUUACCAUGAAGGAGAUGACUCGAGAUAUCAACCUGCCAGAGGGUCUGGUGUCUGUGGAGCCACCUGCUGCCACCACGGGAGACCACACAACCCUCACCACGGGCAGCUCCACCCACACCUUUCGCUACCACCACCACCACCAAAGGUUAGAAGUGAUAGUAGAGGGGCUCAUCCUGAAGAGCACGUCUGACCAUCCUGACAGUUCUCCUCGACAAGACCUUCAUCAAAUAAAGGAAGAUUCACAGCAGGCGGGAGGCAUCGUCAACCAGGCCUUCGAGGAUGACCUUGUGGAUGACUCUGAGAGUUCCCUGCCAGCUGUCUCUGCCUCAGGGAACUAUGUAUCUCUUGACAUGACGAAACUUGGUGUAGUGGAGCCACAGUACGUUGACCUUGAUGAUGUUAAGAAUCACGGGGGUUACGUGCAGUGGCUAGUGGCUGCGGUGAUGAGUGGCGAGAAUGACCCGACUGAGGAUAUUGGGUCACCCCACAAAGACAAAACUCCCAUGCGAAACACUGGUUACAUUGUCAUGGACGACCCCAGGUGCCGGUUACCCAUGACCCAUACCACCCCUCACGACGACACUAUUAGUGAUGGUGACAAGACGGUCGUCGCCACACCUCAGAUCCUCCCCGAACAUAGUCCGUGUAGUGGCGACGGCAGUACCAAUUAUCUCCCCACACACGAGCCCUCACCAACAGAAACACUGUCAGUGGGCUACAGCAGGGCGAGGGACGUAUAAGACGAGGCAUCAUACUACAACAUCUGAGACUCAACAACACCAAUGAGUGUCGCAGGCUGGCCAUUACCCUCAAAUGACUCGUUAACAAGAUGGUAUAGUGGACAUCCUGAUACCAUCACUUACUGAUGAAAGCAGCAUGUGUUACUUAUCUUUAGGGUCAACUUUAGUUCUCAUUUCGAGGCAAGACUGAACCUGGUGUUGGAAAAUUAUCUAGGGUGGUUGCCUUCAGUGACAGAAGAAAGUGACAUUGUUCUUGCAGGUGAGAGUUGUUCACAUAGAGUAACAGUAGAUCGGUGAUUUCAUUUCAACAUGGAUGAAGCCUGUGCUUCAAUAAUAUCUUGUUUAUUAGAUGAAAAUACAAAAUUAAAACAAAAUUAACAAAAGAUCAUAAGAGUUCUACCCUUUUUGUCAAACAAAGGUCGUUAAUGCAAGGAUUUUUUCAAGGAAUUUUUAAGAACAAUCCUAAAUAAUGACGAAAAGUUUUAAUUAUAAGUUUCGACCAAAACACACACACAACAAUGAAAUAUACAUUAUAGAUCAGGGGUCCAUAACCUUUAUACACUAGCCAGCCACUUAAUGGUGCAAGUAAUCAGCGAUCGGCCGCAGUGUACUAAGCCAACAUAAGUCAACACUGAAUUGAAUGUACAAUCAGAAAUGCAGGACUAUAUAUUAUUGGCAGAAUUUUUUUUUAUAAAUAACACCGGUAUUUAAGACUAAACAUAGCUUUCACUUUCAGCAUACCGGUAUACAGUACAUAUAAAAUAAUGGUUUAAUAACCAAUUUGCACCUGAAAUACAAACAUACAGGGGAAAUUGCUUGUAAAGUAGUACAGUAUCAUGGUAUCCUGCACUAUACAGUAUAAUAUGCUCCCCCCUCCCCCAAAAAGAUGUUAUUAAAAAUGACAAAAAUGCCCUCCAUUUGUUAUACUCGGGUAAAAUAAAAGUUUGCUUCUGCAUAUGAAUAUAAGGGUUUCAAUUCCAAAUACAUAUACACAGAAAAAUACCAAAACUUGUGUGAGAGUUGAACCUGGAUGCGAUUUGCAAUUUCAGUAAAAGUUGGAUUAAAGUGUGUUAACACCAGCCUUCACAAGUUCUGUGGUGUGACUGGUUGUGAGCUUAGAACGGUACUUGUUCUUCACAAAGGUAAGCAACACUGAAUAUCUGCUCACAGCAGUUUGUUGAUUCCCUGCUUUUUAUUUUCACCCAAAUAUAAGGAAUAAUAUGUCUUACUGGCCCCAUAGACCGAAAUUUAAACGUCACUCUGCCGGCCGCAUACAUACCCCCUUUCGGCCGGAAAAACGGGGGUUGCGUACCCCUGGUGUAGGUAGUAGUACUCGUGUUUGGACAAAGAUAUUAUUUAAAUCAAUGCUAAAAUGAACAUACUGUAUAUUUAUUUUUUGUAUACGUAAGAAAAUCCACACACAGCUGGUACACUUUAGAAAUAUUAGUUUGUUUCUUAGAAAUGGUCUCCCAGGAAAUAUAUUUACAACUACCAAUAGCACUUUGUAUCUUCUUAUUGGUCAUUGAGUUUUAUCUUAUAUUCUCUCUGUACAAGUACAUUUGUAGUACUAUUUGCUACCCUUAAGACCCUGUAGUGUAACCUUAUAAUUGUAGUAACUGUAGCAAAUAGUCUACUAGUACAGGUGUAGCCUAGCAUUGGUCACUCCCACACCACAUUUGCCAGGUUGUGUGUGAUGGCAAUAAGAUGUAAUGUAGUUUGAUGCAUCUGUCUUUCCUUAGCAGUAUUUUAUGAUUGUGCUUUUGUGAGGCUAUACAAUAAUAAUAUAUAGUACCUGUGUGUAAGAGUAGUUUCUAACAUUACUUUAUUGUAAAACUCAGCUAUAACAUUGUACUGUUUGGAGACCUUAGUGUAGUAUAUGUAGAAUAAGCGAAUUUUGAAUCACCUGGAGAUCAGACACCCUAUCUCAUUUCACCCAAAUGAUUAACCACAUUCACGCUAACCUAACCUAAUUUACCCCGACCUAACAAUCUAACAACCUAACCUAACGAAACUUAACUUAGUAUAACAAUUUAUCUACAUUACCUAGCUUAACCCCCUCCUCCAGGAUGUGUUAGGGGGUUAUUCUUUGGGCAAAAUAAUUUAGGAUGCCUAAUCUUCAGGUGAUUCCUAAUUUAAGCAUUUGAUCACACAACUUUCCUACCCAAAUCUAUUAUUAUAUUCGAAAAAGACGUCUAAUUAUAAGAUAAUUUUAUUCUAUUACAUUACCGUCGCAAACGUAUAAUAACGGAGAUAGCGCAUCCAAAAUUGUUCUCUAUUUCUUCCAUUAGUCUUCCGCCAUUAUCGUCUACCUCACCUCCCACACUGUGUCUCUCCUUCAUAAAUCAUCACGCCCAUGCGUUCCCGGACACGUCACGCGGCCAAUCAAAAGCGUUUUUUUUUUUGCCACCAAUUUAAAUUAUUUGUGGUUUAAUUCCCAGUAUUUUUGGCCCAAUCAAAUUCAAUUUAUAUUUUGGGUCUCAUAUUUUGAAAUUCAAAUUCAUUUCUGACCAUGGAAGUCUGCGAUGGGUGUCACUUCAAUUAUAUGGAGUUGAUUGCGCGUUCUUGGAAAAAAACGAAGAACCCAUAUCAUUUUUUAGAUCUCAUGGUGUUCUCCCGACCUCAGUAAAGUGUCCUAAGUGCAAGCUGCCCGCCUAUGCCCCCCUACCGUUAAGCGAGAAUCGGCGUCAGCAACCUGUACUAAUCUCAGAAUCCAACGACGAACCAGAACCAGGCCAAUAAGGUAAGAAAUAAGUGAUUUCAUCAUAUGGUGAGAGUUACUUAGGUUAGGUUAUGUUAGGUCAGGUCAGGUUUAUGUUUUUCUAGUUUUUUUUUUUUUUUGUAAAUUUGUAUUCUCUUAGCCAUAAGUUUUGUCGGAAAACGCCCCACCAAAAACCCCCGAUAACUAAAAAACGGGCAAUUUCCGACGAUAAUGAAGGUCAAAGCCAAUCAAAACAUAAAAGUACCCAAGAAAAAGAGAGUUAACUUUCUAACAGAGUUGUGUUCACUAAUGCAAAUUUACCGAAGACUUUAUCAAUACUUAGUUUAUGAAUGUAUUAAGAAGAGAAAUAAGAACAGAUCAUCCAUGGAAUUUUAUUGACAUGUACAAGUACCUGUUUUCUUUGCCAUUAAAAGUCAAGAAAACCUGUAGUGUAAUAGUUCAGAAAGAAAAUAAAGAUAUUUCUGGUUAA